AUGAAGCCCCGCCACCUCCCGCCGGUCCUUGUACUCGCCUUGCUUUCCCUCCUCUCCCUCUCCCUCCGCCGCCACCUCACCCCCCUACAGCUGCCGCUUCGUCCCGCCGCCGGGGACCCGCUCCUUCGUCGCCUCGCCGCGGUGGAAGGCGUGGGAUCCGAGCAAGUCCUCGCCGACGCGGCUGCACUGCUCGUGAAUGGCUCGAUAUCCACGUUCCCCAGCCUUGGCAACCGCCAGCGCCUCCUCUACCUCCGCCUCCCGUACGUCCGCUCCGCCCGCGGCCCGCCGAGGCCGAGGACCGUGUCCCGCCUCCGCAUCCCCGCCGAGGCACUCCCCUCCGACGAAUCCCUGCUCGCGUCCUUCCGCACGUCUCUCCACUCCUUCCUCCUCGCCCACCACCGCCGCCGCCGGGGCGGAACCGGUAAUGUGGCCAGCGUCAUGAGCGAGCUCGCCGGCGUCCUCGGGCGGCGCUUCCCGACCUGCGCGGUCGUAGGGAAUAGCGGCGGGCUCCUCGGCUCCGGCCGCGGACCGCAGAUCGACGCGCACGAGCUCGUCAUCCGCCUCAACAACGCACGCGUGGCCGGCUUCGUCGCCGACGUCGGCGCCAAAACCUCGCUCUCCUUCGUCAACUCCAACAUCCUCCACCUCUGCGCGUCCCGCAGUGCCGCCACCGCCGCAGGCUGCGGGUGCCACCCGUAUGGCCCCACCGUGCCCAUGGCCAUAUACAUCUGCCAGCCCGCGCACCUCCUGGACGCCCUCAUCUGCAACGCAACCGCCACCCACGCCUCCCCAUUCCCGCUCCUCGUCACCGACGCGCGCCUGGACGCGCUCUCGGCGCGCAUUGCCAAGUACUACUCGAUCCGGCGAUUCGUGUCGGACACGGGUGCUCCGGCGAGCAACUGGACCCGGAAGCACGACGAGAGGUACUUCCACUAUUCGUCAGGUAUGCAGGCGGUGGUGAUGGCGCUGGGGGUAUGCGAGGAACUGAGCCUAUUCGGGUUCGGCAAGCCGGCAGGGGCCAAGCACCAUUAUCACACGAACCAGAAGAAGGAGCUGGACCUGCACGACUACCAGGCGGAGUACGAUUUCUACGGCCACCUCCAGGCGCGGCCGGAGAUGGUGCCGUUCCUUGACGAGGCCCAAGGCUUCACGGUGCCGCCGGUCAGGUUGUACUGCUAUAAACACAAAAUGUUGAUUUCUCAUUACAAGAUUGGCCAGCAAAAUAUCUGGUAA